AUGGCGACAUGGGCGACGACGGUGUCCCCGCCGGCUCCUUCGACACCCUCCGUGGCUGGUGGAAGAACGACGGCGGCCGUCUCCGCGGUGGCGGCGCUGCUCGACUCCGCCGGCGGCGACCUCCUUCCGUCCUUCCGCGAGCGGGCCGUCGCCGUGCUGGCCGCCUUCGCGUCCUCGGGCGCCGCGUGCCGGUUCCUGGCGGAGGAGGCCGGCGCCGUGGUGCCCCACCUCUGCCGCGCGCUGGAGUCCGGCGGCACGGGCGUGGAGCACGCGUGCGCGGCGCUGCUCCCGCUGACGGCGGCCUCGCGCGACGCGUCGGCCGCCGGGGCCGCGCGCGGUGGGGUGGCCGCCGCGGCCACGCGCGGUCGGCUGCCACCGCGCGCGCGCCGCGAGGACCGUGGCCGGGCAGCAGCGAAGGUGCCGUUGUUGACGCGGGCCACGGCGCCGUCGUGGUGCGCGAACUCGGCGCGGAUCUCGGCCUCCGUGAUCGGCGAGCGGGGGCGCUGCACCCCGGCACAGGAGACGACGUCGCCGCCGCCUACAGAAGGCCCCCGACCAGCACCGCCUCCCGCAGGCCAGAAGGCCCCGCGACCGCCGCCGCGGUGCGUGGCAUGCGGGUGCUGGGCGAGCGCUGGCGUGCAGGGGAGGAGGAGCACGGCGCAGCGCGCCCUGUCGGCGAGCUCUGCUGCGGGGAAAAAGAAACAGGGGAGAGGAGUCAUAAGCUUUGCGUAA